UUCUGCUUAUUUGAAGCAUUGCAUGGAGAAUGUACGUCCUUCUACAAAUGUCGGUUGGGAUUUCAUUGGCUCUGAGUCACACAGUAGUGUGUACUUCCAAGCAAUCUUUUACUAUAUUGUGGACAAUGAAGUGAAUUCAUGUCAGAGCACCAGGGAAUUCUGAAAUGAAAGGAAAAUACAGAACAAUGUGCAAUAAACGGAAACACUCUCCAUUAGAUUCUUUGUGUAUGCCUGGCAUCUCUACAGCAGCAAAGGUUUCCCACAAGACGGCUGCAAUGGAGAAGAGAUUGCCACACAUCUCCUUCUGGAAUGUGCCUUCGCAAAGAAAGUUUGGAGAGAGGUACUGUGGUUUCAGCUGAGGUUUAUCCUGACCACCACCAUGACCCAGGACUCUGUGUGCUGUUUCGCUGUUUGCAGAGACGCACUGCAAGGCAAACAUCACCUGCUACUGGAAGAUUGUCAACUCAAUGAAAGACACUCUUUGAUCUACCGGAAACCUGUUGGCCUUCCAGAGGAAAGAGUUGAUCUCAACCAAGUGUUACAGUCAGGAAUAAUCCAAGGGUUGUGAUUACAUGCAGAGAGGUGGCUGCACAAGAAACACUAAUUACACUUUGGGUUACUCCUGAUUAUUUUUCAGUCACUUUGAUAGACUGUUAAAAGAACAAAGUUUUUGACAAUGCUGCAGCAAAUAUUGGAGACCAUGUACAUUGAGCCCGAGCUUCUGGCUGAACUAAACGAAGAACAAAAGCAGAUUCUGUUUUUUAAAAUGAGACAGGAACAAAUUCGAAGAUGGAAGGAAAGGGAAGCAAAAGUGGAGCCAAAGGAAAAAACACCAAAAACAAAGAACGGGAAAUCAGUGAACUGGCUGCUGGCAGCAGAUAAUGACGUGUGGGUCUGGGUCAUGGGCGAGGGCCCGGGAGACCGGCCAUAUGACCAAAUUUGUGAUGAAAUUAUUGCAGAGCGAGCAAGACAACAGGCCCAAAAAGAGGCGGGAGAAUUGAGGAAGGUGAAAGAGAAGGAACUGAUCCGCCGAUUCUCCACCUCACUUAGGCUGGAGAGCAAAGGCGUCAGGAGGCAGAAGGAGGUCGAAAAGAAAGCUGAAAAGGAUGAGGCCACGAAAGCAGCUGCCGAGCAAGAGCGAAUCCAAAUGGAACUAAAGCAAAAAGAGGAGGAGGAACGGAGGAGACAAGAGGAAGAGAUCAAACGGCUGGAAGAAGAGAGGACCCAGCAAUUAUACAUUAACUUGAAGGAAGCUCAAGAGAUGGUGCAGAGGAAUGAAAAGGAAGAUCCUGAAUGGCGUGAGAGCUUAAGGAAAUCCAAAGCAGCUGAUGAAAGGCGGAGGUCGAUAGCGAAGCAAGCACGGGCUGAUUACAAACGUCACUCUCUGAAGGCGAUUGAGAGGGGGAAAGUGUCUGCAAUGACGCAGAAUUUCCAAAAUACUCCAUCUCCAGUGAAGCCUCCUGUCCCCCCACGUAAAAAUGCAAUUAAUCGGAAAGAGUGCAAUGUGAGAGAUGUACAAACCCAAAAAUCGAGUGAAAACAGCCAUGAGAGAAUCAUCAGAUGGUUCAGAGAGCAACAAAUCCCACUCCGAGCAGGUUAUGAGAGGGACAGUGACGUCAUAGCACCCUGGUUUCAUGGAGUUAUCACCAGGCAAGAGACGGAGGAGCUUCUGGGGAAAAAAGGAGCUGGUGCGUUUUUAAUCCGAAUCAGUGAGCGUGUAAUUGGUUAUUGCCUGAGUUAUCGAAGCAGCGAUGGGUUCAAACACUUCCUGAUUGACUCAUCAAAGGAUUCGUACACCUUCUUUGGCGUGGACCAGUUGCAGCAUGCAACACUCGCAGACUUGGUGGAGUACCACAAGGAGGAGCCAAUCACAUUAGCAGGUGCUGAGCUUUUACGCGAAGCAUGUGGCCAGUGCAGAGAUCCACCAGACUAUGCCCAUCUCUUCAACUGAGCUUCUCCAAACUGAGAUGCUGCCAUGUCCAUUGAACUCUCCCUUCGAAAUGUUCACUUUAGUGGACAAUUGAGCAAGGUAACUAUGGUCCAGCAAAGAAUUGCACCUUCUUUUAAGAAGCUAUUGCUAUGCAAGAAGAAUAUUGAUUGCAUUCAAAGUGGGACAGUAUUUAUUCAUUUAAACCUGACCUAAUUAUUCAAGAACAAAUGAUUUUGCAUUCAGGGUCAUAUCUGUUACUAUUUUGCUUUGAAGGGACAUAGCAUUUGUUAACAAGGUUUUAUGGUACACUUUUGUAUAUUGUAGGUUAGGAAUCCUUUUUUGGGUAAUGUGCAAAGUCUAUAAACUAUCAAGUCCUUUUUAUUUUACUAAGAUAUACUGGAUAUAUUGUAAAGCUGAUCUGUAAUAUUCCAUUCUCUUACUAUUAGCAAUGUACACUUCUUAAUCAAUAUGUAGUGGAAGAAAUUUAUUUUCAGACAACUGCCAUGAUAAACUGUGACAUUCAGAUGAUUUUA